GCUCGUCACUCUUUAAUGUGAGCGGUGAGUCAGACAGUCACACUGAGGCUCAGUCGUUAUCAGUCUGAGUCUGACCCGCUGAGGCUCAGUGGUUAUCAGUCUGAGCCUGACUCUCUGAGGUUCAGAUGGGCAGGACCGUGCAGGAACAUUCCCAGUGAGGACCAGCAGCGCUGCUCACAGCGGACCGGACCUCUGCAGCAGCAGCAGCAGCAGCAGCAGCACAGCCUCCUCCAGCGGCUCGGGGUUAGCUGGCUAACUUGCUGCUAGCUAAUCUACAGCUUAAAAAUGUUUACUUUCCGCGCUGUGCGAGCUGAACGGGAUGGUCGCUUCGGGGUCGAGGGAUUGUGCCGUGACAUUACAGCGACGUGUUGUUGAUGUGUCCGAGCCUUGAGUUAUGCUCUCACGAAAGAAAAGUAAAAACGAAGCGUCGAAACCAGCCGAGGUACACGGGAAAUAUGUGAAGAAGGAAACGUCGCCGCUCCUGAGAAAUCUUAUGCCUUCAUUCAUCCGUCAUGGCCCCACAAUUCCCAGACGCACAGAGGUCCCUCUGCCCGACAUGGGGCCCUCUGCCUACCCUGUGGCACCCAGCCGGGAGCCCGUGGUGUCCCGCAACAAGAGUUUUCUCCGUGCCCCUGUGCAGAGGCCCCCUCAUGAGGUGGCCCGCCGAGAGAGCCACCGCAUGUCAGCACCUCCGUACCUGCCUCGCAGCCUGGGAGACCUGCCCCACGAGUACGGAGGCUCCUCACAGUCCUUCCUCACAGACGUGAGCCCUAUGUCUGAGAACGGAGACGCUGCCCGAUAUUACUACCCCUCUGAACCUUACUAUGACAACCAGCAGCACCAGCAGCACCAGCAGCAGCGACAGCCCAGGAGGGUCCCGGACCGCUUUCCUGAGGACUUUAGAUACUAUGAGCACAAUGAACACAACUUCCAAAGACUUCCACGACAGCACACACCACCAGCUCCAAGCAGACCCCCUUCAGGCAUAGGUCGAAUACAGGCCAAGUCCCUUGGGAACCUCUCCAGUCUGACGGGAGAGGACCUCCCUCUUCCUGCCGGCUGGACCGUUGACUGGACCAUCCGAGGCAGGAAGUACUACAUCGACCACAACACUAACACUACACACUGGAGCCACCCUCUGGAGAGGGAAGGGCUCCCUCCAGGCUGGGAAAAGGUGGAGUCGGCCGAGUUUGGGGUCUACUACGUGGAUCACAUCAACAAGAGGGCACAGUAUCGUCACCCCUGUGCUCCCAGUGUGCCUCGCUAUGAUCAGCCUCCGCCUUUACCACCUCCUGUCACCUAUCAGCCACGUCCUGCAGAGAGGAACCAGCCGGUGCUGGUGCCGGCUAACCCGUACCACACAGCCGAGAUUCCAGACUGGCUGCAGGUGUACGCCCGCGCUCCACUCAAGUACGACCACAUCUUGAAGUGGGAGCUGUUCCAGCUGGCGGACUUGGACACGUAUCAGGGCAUGCUGAAGCUGCUCUUCAUGAAGGAGCUGGAGCACAUCGUCAAAUCCUACGAGGCGUACCGGCAGGCGUUGCUGUCAGAGGUGGAGGCUCGCAAGCAGCGGCAGCAGUGGUACGCCCAGCAGCCCAACAAGAACUUCAUAGGGAACAUGUGAUGUGUGUGUGCAGUCGGGACGUCUCGCUGCCACACCUCUCUGAGGUUUCCACAGUUUGGGAGCGGUCGAGGGUUUCUUUUGAAAUCAUGAUUGACUCUUAAUUGCCUCUUUACCAAACACAUCUGUGCCUUCGCUUGAUCCAAAUAUAUCAGCCAGGAAGUCGAGAGACGCGUCGGCGGGGGGCUGCCUUCUCCCGAUGUGACACUCAAUUUAUGAAUGACCGUGUGACUGAAAAAAAAACAAAAAACGCUCCAAUGAAGAAAGAGAACCUAUAAUGUUGUACAUCUGGAGAGAAACUGCUUGUGGUGCCAUUUACAGCCCUGAGAAAUGAAUGGAUUUCUGUUUUUUAAGACUGAAGAGGACAGUCUUAAAGAAACUAUGGAUAUUUGUCCAAAAACAUCCUGAGAUUGUGCCUUUUUUAAUACAGUAGAAAAAAAAAACGCAGCAUUUUUCAAUGUCUGCUCAUGUCUUGUAUACACCAGCUACACCGUCAUUUGUUCCUGUGGGAGAGAAUGACCGGCAGCUUCUUCUCAUUUCUUUCUGUUUGAAAUACUUCAUUUUUUUUGUCCUUUGCAUUGUUACCCUCUUAAAACUGAAACCAACUGUUUUACAUUAAACAAAAACUGCUCAUUUUUCUUUUUUUUUUAUGACGUAUCCUUUAUGAGACAAUCCACCAAAACUUUGACAGAUAUUUAAGUUUUGAUAUGAAACACGUCUUUAUUUAAAGACCUUCUCUUGGAUGAAGCAUCACAUUUGAUGCAGCAGGUUGAGCAUCUCUUUGGCUCUCGGCAUUACUGUAAGUCAGGAAUAUUCUCGUAUGUGUGUGUAUAAUGAAACAUAAAUAAGCUACUGGAACGUUUUAAAACACUUCAGAAGACACACUAAGUUUGCCAAAAGUGCAAUUCAACUUCUCCUUUCAUUCUUUCUGGAUAUUUCUCACCUCAGUAAUGCCUUAUUUUUACGGACUGACACGUCCCUUCUGUGGAAGAAGUGCAGGUUCCUGGAAACAUAUUCUAUUGAUCGCUAAUCAAUCAGCUUAUUUCUCUUUUUGAGAUACUCAGAAAUGUUUUUGUUUUUUUUUUUGCUGGAGGUUGUGUUGUAGAGAGAUGGGUGCUAUCUUCCAAUCAAUGACAGAAGACAAAUAUUUUAUGACACUAGUGCUUUCAAAAUAUGCAACGAAAACACCUUCAACAGUGUUUAAUGGGACGCUUGGGUAGAACGAUAACAUUUCUGAAUGUGCUCCUGUUGUCUGAUUAUGAAACAGUGGAAUAUGUUUGUACGGACCUCUCUUCAUUGAGUCCUUCACUAUGCAAGACGGUCUCAGUCACUUCUUGUCAGAACGGUGUCAUCAGUUUGUACAUAUCUGAUUUUGUUGUAUUGCAAAUACAGGACAUAAGCAAUAAAGUCUGCAGUGAAGAAAACAA